CGAUCCAAUACUGCCAUCUGUAGGCUGCAGCUUGGAUCGAUCCGCACACCACGAAGAAAGUAUUGGACAUGACUGCAACGAUUUAAGAGUCAUUUGCAUUUAUUUUCGUUCAUAAUAUUUAAAUGAUUUCAAAGACGGACUACAUCAGGGGUCCCCAAACUUUUUUCACUUUAUCGAUGGAAACAUGCAUCUUUAGACAAUAUGAGCGGCUAGGAGACACCGACAGUAACAAGCGGUAGAAAAUGGAUUAGAAAGGACAAAUGUAAAAAAAUUUUAAAAAUCAUCUUUUUUAAACUUGGGACUUCCCGUGGGCCGGAUUUUGGACGCUGGCCGGCCGUAUUUUGUGGACCCCUGGACCACAUUGUUCGACAGUGUUUGAAUGAAAGUUUUUAGAACACCGCCGCUGAAGACAGCAGCAAGUUGACAACAAAGCUUGUUAGCAAUUAGCCGCUAGCAGUGUUUGGUCAAUAAAGUUCAUUACACCACUGAAGACAGCAGCAGGCAUGAGUUAUUGAUACAAUGUGCACAACCUAGCUAGUUAGCAUUUAGCCGCAAACAGAGUUUAAUCAAUAAAGCUUUUACAUCACUAAAGACAGCAACAGGCACGAGCAGAUUACCUCAACUGAGUCUGAGUGAUUGGUUAUGGACUUUUUCUUCGACGAACUUCCCUUACAUUCAACCCAGAAAGUGGGAUGUGCAGAUCCACAAAUGGUAAAAGAGACAGAGCCUGGGCCAAGUGUGAGCAGGCCUGACAUUCAAGAGGAGAAUUCCAACUCCAUUGUGAAUGACAUCAGCAGAAGAGUGCAGGAUCUGGUGCAGAAGGUUCACGACCGCCGCACCAGUGACCAGAAAGAAAUCGAAGACUUUCAAGAGACAAUACUGGAGAAGGUGACCGAGAUGUGCCAGCAGAUGAAGCAGGACAUGUACAUAGCCUAUGAAGAAAACAGUGGUGUGAUGGAGGUGAAGCUGCAGGAGUUGACUGAGGUACUAGAGAGAUGCUCAGUUCUCCAAAAUGAGCUCAUGGAAGCCAGUAGCGUACUGGCAAACAUUCGAGAGAACCUCGCCAUCGACCAGCCGUCACAACCGGCAACAGAAUAGGUCAAGUUCCCUAACAUUGUUCUCAGGUUCAUGCUCCUGGUUAGUUAUUUCUACCUCUUGUCAGUCAGAAAAUAUUGAUGGCCUUGGAACUUUUGAAGCAACAGUUCAGAUUUCAGCUUGUUUCCCUCAGCAGUCUUUGAUAUUUUCCUGUUCCACUGUGAUGUAGGAGCAUAAGCGUUUGUAUGGGAAGGCUCACAAAGACAAAAACCAACACAAGUUAGAGGGGAACAGUUUUAUUGUGGCCAACCUCGUUUUGCAAGUCACAUGACAAUAUCACAAAAUAAAACGCAUCUCUUCAGCAUUAUACUUCAAAUUUUCCUUGUCAAAAACCGAAAUACAUUAGUUACACUUUAGACUGUACAAAUAUGACUAACUUGGACCCAAUGAUUUUCUUUGUUGACCUAAAUAUUGACCUGGCACAACAACUAUAAAGUGUUUUCCAUGCAUUAUAUUUUAGUAAUGUAAAAUAUUUUCCAAGUUAAAAAUGCGCCCUGCAGAGUGCUCAGGUUUGUCCACCAAACAAUCCCUAAAAACCUUGGGUUCAUCAGCUAGUGAAAUGCAGUGGUACCUAAGUAUUCAAAUUUGUAAUUUAUUCCAAAAUGAUUUGUAGAAAAACUGAAGCACUUUCCAACUGAAAAUGUAACUCUAGUUAAUUCAUUCUAAGCACCCAAAUAUGUUUCCACAAAACACUUUUAUAGAGAAUAAUUAUAGUUUAACAUGCAGAAAACAAUUCAAAAUGCAUAUGAAAUUGAUAAAUAAAUACUUAACGUCACUUUUACCUUUAUUGAAGACAAUCCCUACCAACACCAUCUUGGUACUUUGCUUCGACUACUUUCUUUAAAUUCAAUAGUGUUUCUCACCUUAAUAUUCAAAGUGUAGCACUUGUGGUGGAUCCAAGAAUGCAUGGACAGCGGCUGUGUGUUUACAUCAGCUGAUGCGAUCAGGCAGCUUUGCUCUUGACAGAACUACAGAGCACAGUUGAUUUACUGUAACGGUGUGCGUGUUCAGUGACACUCUAAUAACACAGACUGCUCUCAUUGUCUUUGAUUGGACUAUUACUGAAUGCUGCAACUUUAUUCGGAUCUACUGUGUGGUAUUUUGCAGCUGUACUCAAUAAUAAAAGCACAAAACAAAAAGUGAUUAGUCGUCCUGAAACACGAACCGAAAAGUGGUUAGUGGUUCCGAAACCAAGACCUAUUUUUGGUGAACAUUUUUAUCUAACCCAGGGCGUUUGAAAACUGAUUGACCAUUGUCUUUUCAUUCAAUCUCAAAAUGUGGUGUUCACCAGGUUGCGAAUUAUUCACAUUCCAUUUUAAAAAUGCUACUUUCCGACUGUAAAAGACUGUAGUCCAGUUAU